GUCACAGCUAUGGCUCCUGUGAUAUCCCUGAUUGCAGGGCAGGCUCCAGCUCUGCUUGAUUCCUGCUGAAAUGUGCCUGGCUGUUUGGGAGCUGCUGCCGAAGAUGAAUCGUGCUGCGUGCCCUUAGGAGAGAUGUGAGUGUUUUUGUAACAUUUCACAUUUUUUCCGAGGACAGCGCUGGGGGCCCCCUGGUCACUGUGCCCAUGUUUGAAGUGAUGAGUGUGGCGUAGCAUGCACGAGAGCAGGGAAAGUGCUGCGAGCUGCUUUUGGUGCUCAUCAUCAAACUGCUGCUGGAUUCCUCCCUGCUCUCUUCCUGGGAGAUGUCUGGGCAUGAAAAUUCCAAUGAAUGUGGUUAUUCCUCCUGGGGAGUCAAGGCUGGACUUCCAAAACCCGUGGCCUGUCUUUCUGCCCAGGUUUCACGUUCUGUUCCUCUGGAGGGCUGUCCCUGGGACUGACCAGUUCCCUUUGGGCAGGGCAGAGAGGGACCAUGGACACCACAGCAAAGGGCAGUGCCAGGCAGUGCCCACGGGGCUUUGGGAGGAGACACAGGGUCAGAGAGACACUGCAAACCCUGGCUAAGUUAAAAACCUAAACCAAGAUGGUUUAUGCUACAGUAAUUCCUCCUUUUGUGUGACUUACUCCUGCACAUACUGAAAAAGCAAAAGUGUUUCCUGGAGGGCUGAGGGGCCUUUUCCCAUUUUCCAUUAGUGUUUUUGUGCUACUUCUCUGCAGCUGCUUUUUCAGGCUGCCCUUUGUCUGCCUUUUGGAUUCUUUGAAUUUAUUUGAACUGUGCAUCUAUUUUUCCCUAUAAGAAAACCCAGCAAACUCAUCGAGCAGCCUUCUCCAGGGCUGCUGUGUGGUGAUGCAGGGACCCAAGGUUUGUGGGCAGGCUGUGAUUGGGAGCAGAGAGCUGUGCCCCUUUCCUGAGCACAGCUCUGCUCUGCAGCCCAUCAGCAGCCUUCAUCUCUGGGUCCAUGUGGCACAGAACCAAAGCAUUUCCUAAGCUAGCCCACUCUGCAUUUUGCCAGCCUUCCUGUCUCUGCAUCCCAUUUUUUGGGGCUCUCAAAUGCUUUUGAGUUGGGACAGAAUUACGGGAAGAAAAUAGUAUGUAAAACCUGCUUUGGCUGAAAUUAUUUAUUCCGUCUUUCAGAAACUGCUUUAUUUUAUAUUCCCUUUCAGUCAGAGCACUUAGUGGCAAGGUUCUGAAGGGUGCUUUUGUUCUGCAGGCCGUACUGUGACUUCUCAGUGAAAAGCAGAAAACCUAUCAGCUCUCCCUAGAGACCUGUGGUUAGGAGGGACAAAGGCAUUUUUCUUGGAAAAUGCAGCAUUGUUCUGUAGAAUUGUACAGUGUCUUUGAGAAUAGGUGUGCAGUAGUUACUUUGAGUGCAGUUCUCUUCGUUAAUUACUUGACAUCUGUCUUUGAUUUUAUAAUUGUUUGGAAAAUGCGUGGGCUUUGCAGGGUCCAUGCUGCUAAAGGCAGGAGGGAAUGAUGCCUUGCUGAGGUCUCUUUGGCAAGGGUGUUUAAUUAAAACGUGUUUAAUAUAAAAGUAUUAAUGUUUUUGGCCACUUGUGACCAGUAUCAAAUGAAAAAAUCAAGCCUUUCCACCCCUUUUGAUGUUAAGAGCAUGAGACACUUCCAUGACUGUGCUUCCCCCCACCCCACUUUCCUUUGCUCCUCAGUAGACAGAAGGUGAAAGUUUAAAGAAAAAAGUGCUCAGGAAGGAAAAGGGAAGAAUUUCUGAUUUGAAACAAAGUGAACAUUUCAAGUUAAGUUCCUUAAAAAAAAUCUAGUAAGGGCUGUGAUGGAUCAUUUUCCCUAACCGCUCUAUGAAUUAUUAUUAAAAUGUUAAUUUAUGGAGACAUUAAGAACACCUCAGAGUAUAUUGGUCUCGUGAGAAGUUCCUGGAGUGCUGAGGAUGUAUCAGAGCUCUCCAUCUGCCUUCUGGCUGCUCUGAUUGCCUGCUUUCUAGCUGCGGUGUGAUUUCUGAGCUGGUAAGCUCUCCUGCUCACUGAUUUUAUUCCUGGCUCCCUUUAGUGUUUCCUUUUAUUUUUAUUUGCACUGAGUGGAUGCAGUUGGGUGCAGCCUGGGUUUGCACUCCCUGGCCUCUGCCUCAUUUUGCUGUAGCCACAGGAACUGGUGUUUUGGUGCAGUUCUGCAGAAUUGCACAAGAAGUUCAUCAGACACUGCUGGAAUUGCAUCACAGGCAGGAAAAACGGCAACAUGGUCUCUCCUGUCAUGACACACAGAAACAGGCUGCUGGGAAAGGUUGAGAAAACUCUUCUGUUCCUGGCAAGACCAGGGUGGGUUGUAGUCCUGUGGUGUGAGGUUCUUAAGAGCAUUGCAAAACCCACCCCUCUCUGCCACGGGACGCAAUGUUCUUCUCCUGUGUCACCACAGGACCGCUCUGGGAAAGCCUUUUUAUUUAGGGGAUGUCACAGUUUGGGGCUGUUUGGUUUGUGGGGUUUUUGUGAGUAAUCGUGUGCCACAGGAGUGGAGCUGUGCUGGCAAAUGCUGGCAUGGUCAGGGCAUGCAGCAAGUUGUGAUGCCUCCCCUUGACCAGCCCUUGGCUCUGUGCGUGUCCCUUCCAUGGCCCCUUGCCUUUAGUGCAGAGUGGGAGCAGCCAGCACCGUGGUCAACUGUGUCCCCUUUCUGUAAUGGAGAAAUUGCUGUAAUCUGACAGGCUCUGUGUCCGUCUGUCUCCACUGAUAAGAUCUCUGGAAAGCCUGGAAUGAACCAGAGGUAAAUCACUCUGUGUGUAAGGCUUCUGAUUUUACAGCUGGAUAGAGCAAGAAAAAAGGGAUUUUCUUACUAGUAGGAAGAACAUGGAAAUCUUGGAUACCUUGCUCAUGGGAACAGAGACCUGGUGGCUCUGUGAGACAGUUGAAAGGAGCAUGUUCCUGUGAGCAUAGCUAAUGGAUGUAAAUAUUAGCUCGCUGCAGAGUUCAUGUAUCACCGAGUGAAAUGUAGUAGUUUAUUUUGGCCUCAGGCCACGCAAAUGGCCUUGCUCAUACAAGGGAAACUCAUCCAAAGUCUGUAGUUGUUCCUGCUUGCUUCAGGGCUGAAUUCAGUCUGAUUUGUGCGAAAUGCAGGAGAGAGUCACUGGAAAAUAAGGACUAUUUCAGUAACUUAAGGCAGUGAGCUGGGCUGUGCUCUUCAGAGCCAUCACCUCCCAGGCUUGGCAAGCUGCCUGCAGGUGGAGCGACGCUGCCAUGAUGAAGAUGGUCAGCAUCCUGCUCGUUUCGCUCUGGCUGUCCAUGGUCACCCUCUGCAGAGGCUCGGAGCGCUGUGAUGACUGGGGUGUGGACACCAUGAAGCAGAUUCAGAUUUAUGAUGGGGAGCCUGCCAAGAUCAAAUGCCCACUUUUUGAGACCUUCUUGAAGUACAACUAUAGCACAGCCCAUUCUGCUGGCUUAACCCUGAUCUGGUACAGGAUCGCUCAGGACCGGGAUCUGGAGGAGCCCAUUAAUUAUCGUCUCCCAGACAAUCACAUCAGUAAGGAUAAAGACACCCUUUGGUUCUGGCCUGCUCUUCUCAAUGACACUGGGAAUUACACCUGCAUGCUCAGGAACACAACCUACUGCAGCAAAGUUGCUUUUCCCUUGGAGGUUGUUCCGAAAGACCAGCACUCUUGUGUGAGCCAUUCCAUAAAACCCACUGAGGAGAUGUUCUACUUGGAGCACGCCAAUCAGAACAUCACAUGUCCAGAUAUUGAUGGGUUUUACCCUGCCAGUGUGACACCAACUGUCAAGUGGUACCUGGACUGCAUCUCAGUGGAUGGCUUCUAUGAGCGGUAUCCCCAAGGGCCCAGGCUUGUCAUUGGCAUUGUCCGCAGUGCGUAUAAAGGGAAUUACACUUGCAUUGUGACCUUCAAGGACCACGGAAGAACCUAUAAUCUCACCAGAACCAUAAAGAUGAAGGUGGUGGGAUCUCCAAACAAGGCCUUGCCACCACAGUUCACCUCUCCAAAUGAGAAAGUUGUGUAUGAACUGGAAGCAGGUGAUGACCUUAUCCUACCCUGUGAGGUUUUCUUCACAUUCCUGAAGGACUCUCGGACUGAGGUGUGGUGGACCAUAGAUGGGAGAAACACAGAUGACAUCACAGACCCCAAGAUAAAAGUCACCCAAAGUGAAAUUACAAGAGAUUUUGAAGACAAAACUGUGAUAAGGACUCUAAUAGUUGCAAAAGCCACAGCAGAGGAGCUGAAGAGGAAUUACACUUGCUUUGCCAGGAAUGCCAAAGGCGAGGAGCACAGCCAGGCCGUAGUGCGUGUGAAAGUUGUAGCACCCAAGUACACUGUGGAGCUGGCCUGUGGCCUGGGGGCCACCAUCCUGCUGGUUGUGGUGCUCAUAGUCAUCUAUCAUGUGUAUUGGCUUGAAAUGGUCCUCUUCUAUCGGGCUCAUUUUGGAACAGAUGAAACCAUUCUAGACGGGAAGGAGUACGAUGUGUACGUGUCCUACGCGCGCAACGCGGAGGAGGAGGAGUUCGUGCUGCUGACGCUGCGGGGUGUCCUGGAGAACGAGUUUGGGUACAAGCUGUGUAUCUUCGACAGAGACAGCCUCCCUGGGGGAAUUGUCACAGACGAAACCCUGAGCUUCAUCCAGAAAAGCCGACGUCUGCUUGUUGUCCUGAGCCCCAACUACGUCUUGCAGGGGACACAGGCCCUGCUGGAGCUCAAGGCUGGCCUAGAGAAUAUGGCCUCCAAGGGCAACAUCAAAGUCAUUCUAGUGCAGUACAAAGCCAUCAAGAAGAGCAAAGUGAAGGAGCUGAAGCAGGCCAAGGCGGCCUUGAAUGUCAUUAAAUGGAAAGGCGAGAAAUCCAAGUUCCCAAAGGGCAGAUUCUGGAAGCAGCUGCAGGUGGAAAUGCCAGUGAAAAAAAUUAGCAGGAGUUUAAGCCUUGAUGUGUUGAUGCAUAUCCCUGAAAAAUGUUUGACACAAUCAGAAAACAAACCAAAACACACUGCAAAAAUCCACAAGUUAGGCCAGGGAGUGGGGAGGAACUCAGGGUUUUUUCCAUGAAGGACCAUGUCCCAAGCAUUUCAGAGGAUAGUCGUGUUUUCCCUGCAGCUUUGAUAUUGCUCUGUCAGUAGAGAGACCAAAGUUGCAGACAUCUCCUCUCUGCAAAUGUAUGCCUUUGUUAUCAACCACACAAGCCCUGGGCUUAAGGUCUAAAUUUGCUGUCCAGGUGGGAUGCAUCCAGCAUCUCGUGAUAGCACGGCCAGUACUCCUAGAUCCAGUUCCCAUGGGCCCUUCAUUAGCAUCCAGGACAGAGCUUCUUUCCACUCCUAAGUGCCUACAUUCCUUUCUGGUUCUCAGUCCCUGUUGCAGAGGCCGAGGAACAAUUUGCAAGAUGGCUCCAGUGUAGAGCCUUUCCUGCAUGUCCUGGGUCUGUAGUCCCAAUCACGUGUGGGAUCACAGACUCCUGCUGCACUGUGGGGAGUAUAGACUCUUGAAGUUCCUCAUCUGUGCUCCCCAAAUUUCCUUUGAAGCAGAUGCAUCCAGGUAGUUUGGCAAUGAGAAAUGGCUGUUCCAGAAGCAUUAAAAAAAACCCCACAACUCUUCUGGGUGCUAUUUUUAUUUUAGCACAUCUAGCAACAAGUGGUUAGUCUCUGGGACUCUGCAGACUCACAAGUACCCCAGAUCCUUCAGAGCUGCUUGUAAUCCAGGGAAAUAUCUCAUGA